AGCGCCUUCUCUCCCUCGGGGCCAAUACUUCCCUUCCCCGCUUAACACAAGAUCCUGACCUAAGGACUUGUAACAGCUGAGACAAAGCCCAGAGAUGGAAGCAGACAAGGUCACAGAAGAGCCUCAUACCACCAUGGAUGCGGAAGAGAGCCUUUCUUCAAAGGACCCCUCUGCUGAGGACUCACAGAAGCCCCCUAUCCCUGAAAUCCCCUUAGAGCCUGCCCUCUCUGAAACCCCUUUAGAGCCCCUUGCCUCUGAAUCUCAUAUGGUGCCAUCCAUUUCCCAGAUCUCUUUAGAGACCCACACCGCUGAAACCCCUUUGGAGCCUUCCAUCUCCGAGAUUCCUUUAGAACCCUCUGCCUCUAAGGUCCCUUUGGAGACCCCUACCCCUGAGACCCAGUUGGAGACUCACAUCUCCAAGGUCCCAGAGAAACACCUUACUUUUCAGACCUCAUCAUUAAGCUGUGUCUCUGUGUCUUCCUCUGAUUAUCUGAAGGAAGCCUUCUCUGAGUCUCCCUCCAGUGAGGGCUCAUGGACAAGGAGGUCUAUCCAGACCUCUGAAUCUGAGAGCGUUCCAAAGCACUCCCUUUCGGGCUUUCCAGCCCAGGUCCACCUGGACACAUCUGCAAAAGAUGGGGAAGAGGAAGGAGAGGGAGAGAAAAGGGUGGAUGCCACUGACAGCACCACGCACGCAGCUCAGCCUGAACACCAGCUGGGUUACACCGUCUACCCAGUGGUCCCUGCUGAGCAGGCAGACCUGGUGGAAGUGACAAAGGCAAUGCACAAAGGGAAGUUUGGUGCUCAGGGGAAUUAUCUUUUCCAGUGGGAGAAGGAGGCAGCCCUGAAUGCCAUCCAAACAGGUCUCUAUAUUGGCUGGCGCUGCCCCCAUCAUCUAUGGGACUGUUUCCGGAUUGAGGAUGAGUCCAAGUGCUUUUGUGGACACUUGUUGAGAGAGCACCAGAUCAUCUCAGACAUAUCCGUGCCCUGCAAUGUGGGCCAGUGCCGCUGCCUCAUGUUCUGCUUUAUCCCAUCACGCCCAGAGGAGGUGGGUGAGCUCUGGGUCAAGAGGUGGGCCACCUUUAGCCCCAGGGCUUGGAGAGCCCAAUGUCGCUGCAAACACAGCCAUGAGGACCACGCAGCUACCAGGUCCCAUUCCUGCAGGGUCAAAGGCUGUUGGUGCAACUGCUUUGAGCCUAAUUUCCUCUGUGCGGCCUGUGACUGGUGCUGGGAAGAACAUAAGACUUUCUUUGAGACUGAGGAGACCCGGCAGCGAGGAGGGAGGCCUCACGGGACAGACACUGUCAACACCUGGUGCAGGCCUCUGUGA